AUGCUGCUGCUGCUGCCCACCAUCCUGCUCGCCCGGGGAGUGAGCCUGCUCCUCCUCGCCUCCACCGCCCUCCGCCCCUUCGACCACUCCGCCGCUAUCAGACACCCCCGCCACGCCCAGCUCGUCCGCUGGGACGCCCUCCACUUCCGCUCGCCCAGCCCCCGCCGAGAGCAGGACUGGGCCUUCGCACGAGCCAUCGCCCUCCAGAAGCACUGCCCGCCCCUCCCCGCCAGCAUCCUCGCCGCCCUCGCCAGCACCGCAGCCACCCUCAUCCUCUUCCGCCUCACCCUCCAGCUCUCCCGCUCCCCCAGACACGCUACCCUCGUCGCCCUCCUCCACGCAUUCGCACCCGCCCCAGCCACCCAGGUCGUCCCCUACACCGAGCCCUUCUACGCCCUCUUCUCCUUCGCCGCCCUCGACCUCCACCACCGACGCCCCUCCGCCGGCCUGCCAGUCGCCCUGCUCGCCGCCGCAGCCACCGCCCUCCGCCCGCUCGGAACCCUCCAGGCGCUCAUAUGGCUCCCCGACGCCCUCCUCCACCUCGCCCGCUUCCGAGCAGCCCCCCUCUCCCCCACAUCAGUAGCCCGCCUCGCUAAGCACGCCCUCCGCAUCCUCGCCCUCGCCCUCAUCACCGCCGCACCCUUCCUCUACGACCAGUACGCCGCCUACACCCUCUUCUGUCGCCACCCCGCCCCCGCCGACAACAGGCCAUGGUGCGCGAACCCCAUCCCGAGCAUCUACCUCUUCGUCCAAGCCCACUACUGGAACAACGGCUUCUUGAACUAUUGGACCUGGAACCAGGCCCCGCUCUUCCUGCUCUCCCUCCCGGUGUACUGGGCCUCCUUCGGGGGCAUCUGGGCCUACUACCGCCACUUCCUAGCCAUCCGAGGCCAGCCCCGCAGCAAGGCCGAAGGAGCCCAUCCCACGGAGAGGCCCUUCCUCAGCCCCCACAUCCACAUCCACGUCCUCAUCCAGCUCAUCCUCACCACCACCCUCCUCCUCUGCUCCCACGUCCAGAUCAUCCUCCGCCAGGCCGCCACCAUCCCCGCCUUCUGGUGGGGCCUCGCCGACGGCAUCCAGCGCCACUGGGACCAUCCCCACAGCCCUCACAACUACUGGCGACUGUGGCUCCCCUGGAUCGUCGUCUGGACGCCCAUCAGCCUGCUCCUCUGGGCCGGCUUCUACCCCCCCGCUUAG